AUGGCACCGCUUACUGAUGCCCCGAACGAGAUCAUUUCUCACAUCUGUGGCUUCGUGCCUAAGAUUUCUGAUCUGAAGAGCCUCUGUCUUGCCAGCAGGUCUCUUCGUAGCUCUGCCGAGCCCAUUCUCUAUUCUUCCGUCAUUUUGGAGUACACCUUUCUUUGCAUACCCCGAAUCGUGCCCCUUCUUCGCACUCUUCUCCGGAGGCCAGAACUUUUUCAGCGUCUUGAAACUGUCUCAAUGAAUGGGUGGGGCUUUGACUUCGAAACCGAUUCACGCGCGAUAGAUCUCGAAAGCAUCGAUGCAGCAUUCAAGGAGCAGUGUCUGGCUGCUAUCCAGAAGACCAACGUGCCGUUCACUGAGCUCUGGAUCCAAAAGUUCAAUUCGGGCGAGACAUGUCUGGAGGCACUUUAUGCACUCUUACUUGCCAACCUUUCUUCUGGCACGAAGCGCCUCGCCCUGAUGAGGAACUUCAUCAAUGGCCGUGAACUCAUUGGUAAGGUUAUGCAGGCUAAAGCGUAUGGUGGACUACCUGCACUGGACCGGCUCAAAGAGAUCAAGUACUUCAAAGGAUAUGAUUAUUCAAUAGCGACGAGAAAUGAUACAUUCGAAGAUGUCAUCUCCUUGUUCUAUCUACCGAAAGUCACACAUAUUGUGGCAUGGGUCCCAAACUCUCCAGACUUCCGGUGGCCGGCUGGGCAGCCCAACUUGGACAACCUCACUUUGCUAGAUAUUACACGACUCUCUGACCAACACAUGGGCAAGAUACUUAGCCUCACGCGGAACCUCAAGUCACUCUUCUGGACUUGGGAAUACGAUGACUCGGGGGACCCUUGGCUGCCACCAACGUUGGACUUUGACAAGAUUGUCGCGAUUCUCUCAAACGUUAGGCGCACGCUGACGACAUUGCGCUUCCGGUUGAAAAUCACAGGGGCCCGCGAUCCUGUCUCUUUUCUAGAACUAUUUCAAGGUAACACUGUUAUAUAUCCAGACAUCGCGGUUUCGGGAACUUUCCGCGGUCUUGCUGAGUUCGACCGCCUGACGUACCUCGAAGUGCCACUGGUUUCGCUUCCCGGUUUUGGAGACACUCCCGAGCUCCUCGAAGAGACCGUCCCUACCAACAUAAAGAGGCUUGUUCUCUCGGAAGACAUGCUUCUUGACAAGGCGGUCCAAUGGCAGGAGUUCUUGGGGUUCAAUGGUUUCGAUGUGGUGGAACGCAUGCUUGAGGGGAUGGCUAGGAACGUCCUAACACGACUGCCGCAUCUGCAUCGGCUUAUCUUGAUUGAAGAUAUUGGAGGAUCUAAAGCCGUGGGCGGAUGGUUACGAGAUCAAGUCCUUGCGUCGCAUGCUACCAUUAGCCCGAUACAGCUUUGGUUGGCGUACAAUUCCUGA